GCGUUAACCCGGAAGCUCCGGUUGACGUUUUUGAAGGCAGAAUUGUAAUUGAGUUUUUUUCUUUUCCUGCAGAGCUGCGAUAAGUUUGAUUUAAUUAUGGAGGGAAAUUCGAGUGUGGUGAAGGACAAUAAUGAUAACCGGAGAAGAAAGAGAGAGGACACUGAGGAUGUAGAGAGAAAGACUGCUCGGAAGGAAACCGGAUCGGAGUCUUGUCUUGAUGGGUCAGAGGAUCACAGAAGUGUCCACGAACUCAUCACCUUCAAGACGUCUCUUCUAUCAGAGCAAGAUUACGACCAGGACACAACCGAGCCGAUCAGCUCUGCCUUGAAGUCUUUAGAUGAACUGCUUUCCUGGGAACGUGACACUGCAAAUUCGUUCAACAUGGCCACUGUCCCGUUGGAGAAAAGAUGGCCUUCGCUGAAGGACACUCCAAUGAGGACACUCGUGUGUCAUGACAUGAUGGGAGGAUACCUGGAGGACAGGUUUAUUCAGGGUACAGAGGUCGACACGCCGUACGUCUUUUAUCACUGGAAAUAUAUAGACAUCUUCAACUACUUCAGCCACCACAUGGUGACCAUCCCCCCUGCCAUGUGGACAAACGCUGCUCAUAAACACGGCGUGCUUUCCCUAGGCACCUUCAUCACGGAGUGGGCGGAUGGAGGGAAGAUGUGUGAGGUGUUCCUGGCCGGAGAGGAGCAGUAUCGCUCAGUUGCUGAUAAACUGGUGCAGAUUGCACGCUGUUACGGCUUUGACGGCUGGCUGGUGAACAUCGAGAACGUGCUGAGUGAAGUUUCUGUAAAACACAUGGCUCCUUUCCUGCGCUACCUGACUAAUCAGAUACACCGGAAAGUUCCCGGAGGUUUGGUGAUCUGGUACGACAGCGUUCUGGAGGAUGGGUCUUUGAAAUGGCAAAACCAACUCAACAACAGUAACAGGGUGUUUUUUGACGCAUGCGACGGCAUUUUCACUAACUACAACUGGACAGAAAGCAGUCUGGAGGACAUGGCGUCCGAUUCAGCAGCACAGGGGCGCCUGGCCGAUAUCUAUGUUGGCAUCGAUGUGUUUGCGAGAGGAGACGUGAUGGGAGGAAAGUUCGAAACGAAUAAGGCUCUUGAGCUGGUACGUAAACACGGACUUUCUACAGCCAUUUUUGCCCCAGGUUGGGUUUACGAGUGCCAUGACAAGGAGGACUUCCGCAAGAACCAGGACAAAUUUUGGGGCUUGUUAUCGAACUUCCUCUACAUUCACCGUCCUGAGUGUCCUCUUCCCUUCAUCUCAUCUUUCUGUCAAGGUUAUGGAAAGAAUUUCUACUGGAGAGGAAAGAUAGAGCAGAACAGAUCCUGGAUGAAUCUGAGUGCUCAGGAGCUCCAGCCUCUUUAUGUGAUGGAGAAUUUGGAGGAAGGAGGCUGGUUUCAGACUCGAGGCUGCUCAGAGGAAGUGUGGACUGGAGGAAGUUCACUAUUGUUGGAGGGGACAUUGCCCAAAUCCCUAUCCAAAAUCUGUUCAAGGUUAUUUUCACUGCACGUGCCAUUGGCUUCAAGGACGUUCAUUUCCUGUGUUUAUCAGCCGUCAGAUGGCGUGAAUAUCUCUUUAGAGUUCAAAACCGCCGACGCCGCUCUGUCCACACACGCUGGGAGUGAGGACGUGCCGAUUAGUAAUAUUAUUCCGGUGGGGUUGGAUGAAGACCAUGAGCUGGUGAAGCAGUUCACUCAGAGCUAUGGAGAGCAGAAAGCAGAUGGAUGGAUUACUAGGUGUUUCCUGCUGGAGGUGAGCGGUUGUGCUCUGAGAGACUUGUGCGUCAAUGUGUCUCGAAAACAAGCCGAAUCACACGAUCUUCCGUUUAACUGUAGGAUCGGCGAGAUCAUGGCAUUAGAUGCAGAGAGUCUGUUCACUCCCCCGUUGUCCAUCCAGAACAUGUCUAUAUAUGAUGUGGUGUGGCAGAAAGGAGAUAUUGAUAUAAAUGGGAAAGCUGCAAAAUUAUUCCUGAAUGCCACGCUACGCUGGCACUACGCAGCACAACCUGUACGGUAUUUCCGAGUGUUUUGCCGUCACAUUCGCGGCCCGGAUCCUCGAGUCCGUCCUGGAGCGCCGGUGCUUAUCGGCCGUUCAUAUUCAUCACAGUACCGUGUAGUUGGACUUAAGGUGGAACAUUCGGCCGGAGUGAUGGAGCUGAUGGUGGAGCCGGUGACCAGAGAGGGCUUCAGCCUUGUACAGUCACAGUGGGGGAGACAAACACUGAGCUAUUCACACUCCUCUAAUAUAUGAGCAUACACAUACUGUAUACUCACAAAAAGAUUUGUGCAAAUGUGUUUUUUUAAUUUAAAUAUUUACUCAAAAGUCCAAAGCUUUAAGGCUUUAAAAAAAAAUAAAAAAUACUCUGCCUCUUCAGAUUUGUGCCUGUUUAUGUUUAUCAAUAUUGACUGGUUUUUGGAAAGGAGUCAGCAAGUAAUUUGCUUAAAAGAUGAAAUCCCAAGACAUUCACACUGGUCUGUGUAAUCAAUGCUGUCCUGAGAGAAAUAUACAGUUCUAUCUGUACACAUUGUCAUAUUUACCUGCUAUCAUGCUAUUUUUAUCACCAAUCAACCCACUAUAAUCUAGACCAAUGCUGAAAUUAUGUUGGUUCUGAGGAAUGUUUUGUGAUGUUUAUGAGAAUCCUGUAGUUACAACACGAAUUAUGCAUAGAAAGAAAAAGAAAAAAAUUAACUGUACAAUACAUUUUCACAAUGACACCCAUUCCACCUGUAUUCCUCUUGAACUGUGUUAUAAUAAGCUCCAAAGUCUUGAAAACAUGGCUUUGUGCCCAUACAGCCCAGAGAGCAUUAGAUAUGUCAGGAGUGCAGCUGACAUUUCAGUUCAUCGUAAAGGAUCUGCGGAAUGAGGUUUAAACUUUGCGAAGGACACUUAAACUUUAAAACACAAAAGUUAUAUAGAGCUGGUUUUGCAAUGGAGUAUCGCCAUGCUGGAACUGUAUUUGGCCCUCUUUAGUUUUGAUGAUGGGAAAUUG